UGCCGCGGAUCUUUCGUUUGGUUUGGGACUGUUUUUAGUAAAGAAAUAUUCCUUGCAGUUGCUGUAUAAACUUAGUUGAAAUAACGGAUAGCAUUUUACUGGUUGUAGUGAAGAUCGAAGGCUGCUCAUCGGGCUGUGUUCUUCUUUUUUGGAAUUGGCUCGGGAAAUUCGUAGUGGAUUGACAAAGUUUGAUUGAGUGGUUGUCGUUGUCAGCUUGAAAUAUGGCGCAAGUUGCGAAGCGCAUGGGUGAAAGCGACGCCAUGGUUCCCUUGGCGAAGCGUGCUCGAAAUGAGCUGGUUCCGUCCACAGGCGGAGCAGGUGGCGGCGAACUGGUCUUAUCUGGUAUUCCUCGAACCUCCACUCUGGAAGCUCCCAUUAUGCUGUUAGCGGGACAUGGUGGCGAAAUAUUCACUGCGAAAUUUCAUCCCGAUGGAAGUGCACUAGCGUCCGCUGGCUUUGAUCGGCAAAUUUAUCUUUGGAAUGUUCACGGUGAAUGUGAAAAUUAUGCGGUGCUUCCCGCUCACAGUGGGGCGAUUAUGGAUCUCCAGUUUUCGGCUGAUGGAAAAAAAAUUUUCACGGCUGCGACGGACAAAACAGUUGGAAUAUUUGAUUUCGAGACAGGCGCGCGUUUAAAGCGUUUUAAAGGCCACCAAAUGUUCGUCAACAGCUGCCAUUCCAGUCGGAAAGGACCAGAAUUGAUAUGCAGCGCCAGCGAUGAUGGAACGGUGAAAGUAUGGGAUCCCCGAAGCCGGGCGUUUGUGCGCUCAUUCGAUUCCAAAUAUCCUCUUUUGGCUUGUUGUUUCAAUGAAAAUUCAGAUGCCGUUAUCACCGGUGGCAUCGAUACAGAGAUUCGGGUUUGGGAUUUGAAAAGCGAUAGCAUGCACUUCAGUAUUCCGGGGCACACCGAUACCAUCACAGGGUUGGCUUUGGAUCCAACCGGCAACUUUGUCCUUUCCAACUCAAUGGACAACACGGCGAGAAUAUGGGACAUUCGACCUUAUGCUCCUCCUCAGCGCUGCGCGGGGCUGUUCACCGGACAUCAACAUAAUUUUGAAAAGAACUUAUUAAAAUGUGCGUGGUCGAAAGACGGGAAAAGAGUCGCAUGUGGGUCGGGUGAUCGGUUUGUUUACAUCUGGGAAACACAAACUCGCAAGAUUCUCUACAAAUUGCCGGGACACAAUGGAUCAGUGAACGAUGUGCAGUUCCAUCCGAACGAACCAAUAAUUCUCUCAGUUUCCAGCGACAAACAGAUUUAUUUAGGAGAAAUUGAACCGAGCUGAUUCCAAGAACGGAGUUCCUGUCGGUUCGUUUCAUCACAUUUUUUGUGCAUCUGCUGAUCAGAAGCAGCUUUGAUUAGCUACAUGAGGCACACUGAUGGAUUUUCCGGCUUUUUUCAGUGAAACUUGCGCUUGAGAUUUGAAUUCAUCGAUGUGGACGUAGCAUCCCUUGUAAAAUAAGAAAAGCCGUCGGACAUGUAGGUCUUUUACAUUAUGUUGUCAAUUUUUUAUUUCUGCGUUGAUUCACUGCAAAACAGUUCUUUAAAAUAGCAGUAUUUUUCCUUACUUGGAAAUGGCGAAGACCGGAGCUCGUAGUAAACGCAUUUCUCCCAUG